GGCCUUUGGCCUCAUUUACUUCCAUCUUCUUCCAUCUUCUCUCAGUCCCCCUUCGGCUUACUUCUGAGGCCAACAAUAUAUUUUAGCCUCAAUCACAACAUCACAGGAGGGAGUAGGAGGUCUUCUUGCACACCAAGAAGGUUUUGUGUCGCUUUCUUUUACUCUCACCCUUUUGGGUGAUUCCUUCCUUCUAGCUCGAGAUUUUGAGGAUACCUAUUAUAGUCUGUUUUGUCGUUGUGCACGAGGAGCUGUUUGCCGGAUUUCCUUUCCGGCCUUUAUUGAAAAUAAAUGGGCUGAAUCUGUAUUUCAUGGGAGGUCUAGAUGAAACUGAACCACCUUUUAAACGUGUAAAAGGAUCUUCAGUUGAAUUGGACAGCAUUUCAAAUAAGUCAUCUCUUCAAGCUUCCAUUGUUAAUUUGGGAGGCCCAAUGGCUAGGCCUCUUCCAUCCUUAGUGAAAGAAGAUAUGGUUGGUUCUAAUGGUGUUAUUAAAAAGGUAGAAUUUAUUAGGAUUAUUACGAAAGCCUUAUAUUCUCUCGGUUAUGAGAAAAGUGGAAAGGUUCUUGAAGAGGAAUCAGGAAUAAAUUUAUAUUCAUCUACAGUAAGUCAUUUUAGAAAGCAAAUACUGGAUGGUAACUGGGAUGAAAGUGUUGCAACACUUCAGAAGAUUGGUUUAGACGAACAUAUUCUGAAAUCUGCAUCGUUUUUGAUAUGGGAAUAUAAAUUUCUUAACCAUCUUGAGAAGGAUGAAGUCAUGGAUGCUUUGAAGACGCUGAGAAGUGAGAUUGCUCCUCUCAAAAUUAACAUAAAACGUUUGCAUGAACUUUCUAGCUGUGUUGUAUCAUCCUCACGACAUGGCAUACUUGGUUUUGCAAAUAUGGAUAUUGAUUCUGAAAAAUUAGGAUUGAAGCUUCUAGAGGAAUUGCAUAAAAUUUUUCCUCCAUCUGUUAUGAUACCUGAGAGGAGGCUAGAGAAUUUGGUUGAACAGGCACUUUGUCUUCAAAGGGAAACUUGUUUCCUUCACAACUCCUUAGAUAAGUCACUUUCACUAUAUACCGAUCAUCAAUGUGGAAAAGACCAGAUACCUUCUAAAACACUCCAGGUACUGCGAGGGCAUGAUAAUGAAGUAUGGUGCUUGCAGUUCUCUCACGAGGGGAAAUAUUUAGCUUCUUCUUCCAAUGAUAAAUCGGUGAUCAUUUGGGAGGUCCAUGAUGAUGCAGAAGUUUUAUUGAAGCACACUCUAAAUGGUCACCAAAAGCCCGUCGUAACAGUCGCUUGGAGCCCUGACAACCGCUUUCUUCUCUCAUGUGGCAUGGAAGAAGCCAUCAGAUGUUGGGAUGUUCACUUGGGAGUAUGUUUGCGUGUUUAUGAAAAAUGCGGACUAGGCUUAAUCUCUUGUGUAUGGUCCCCAGAUGGGAAGCAGUUCUUCUCUGGUGUUACAGACAGAAGCAUUUCGUUGUGGGAUUUAGAGGGGAACGAAGUCGAAUGUUGGAAAGGGCAGCGGACAACGAAGAAUUCUGAUAUGGCUGUCACGAAAGAUGGCAGAUAUAUCAUAACAAUGUGCAGGGAAAUGACAAUACUAUUGCUUGACAGGGAAACGAGAAUUGAGAAAUUGAUUGAAGAGGAUCAAAUAGUCACUUCAUUCUCUUUGUCAAAGGACGAGAAGUUCCUACUGGUGAACAUAUUGAGCCAAGAGAUUCAUUUGUGGAGCAUAGCUGAUACUCCUAAGCUUGUAAUGAAGUAUGAAGGUCACAAACGCAGCAGGUUUGUCAUACGGUCUUGUUUUGGGGGAUUUGAUGAGUAUUUCAUUGCUAGCGGAAGUGAAGAUUCACAGGUCUAUAUCUGGCAUAGAAAAACUGGUAGUCUCAUCCAAGCCUUACCUGGGCAUUCUGGUGCAGUAAACUGUGUUAGCUGGAACCCAACAAACCCUCACAUGCUUGCAUCUGGGAGCGAUGAUCACACAAUUCGUAUAUGGGGAAUAAAACGAGUCAAUCUUAAGCGGAAGGAUACUUUAAGUAACGGAUUCAUCCACCAAUGCAAUGGAAUUAACAAAUGAUCAAUGAGGGAAGGGAAGAAGGAAAAAAUGGUGAGAAAAGUCCAGAGGAUAAAAGAAAAUUGGAGCUCAUUAGGUACCAGCUUUUCUUCAGCCAUUCCUUCAUUCAGCAAUGUACAUCUUUUUUAACCCUUUCAGUUAUCUGUUAUUUGAGGGGUGUCAAAUGGCAGAUAAACCUGUAUAAAUAUACCAAUGCUAAUUGUUAUUCUGUGACCAUUGAGCAUCUUUUCAAAUAUUUUUUUUCUUGUC